CUCAAUUAGUGGUUUGGAGAAUCCAAAGGGUUCAGAAACAUAUCUGCCAAACGCACCCUUAAUUCGGAACCUGAACUCGGCGUUGUUCCCGUGCAACUCGCCCCACGCUCCCAAUCCUGCACCUCCUCGAUUUCGGCGAGUUAGGGUUUCAGAAUUUAGUCCCCAAUUCGACAUCGCAUUUCAAUGGCGUCGGACGACCACCUUGAUGUCGAAGAUGAUUUUGGAGGUGAUUUUGCAGGAGGAAGUGCUUCAAGGCGUUCAGGCAAUAAGAGAAGCUUCGCGCGGACCUUGAUGAUGAUGAAGAUGAUAUCUUUGGGUCAAAGAAGCUUCUUGUUAGUUACUUUUGUAGUUUACUGUCAGAUUGAUGUCCUGAAAUUGUUCAUGAGCGGCCCUCUGAUGGCAAAAUUGUUGAAACAGAUUGAAUUAAACAUGUGCAAUGCUGAAUAUUUGGGCUUCCAUAAAUCAUUAAAUUUUUCCUUCUGCUGGCAAUAUGGUUCUGAUAAGGUUAACCAGAAAAUAGAGGAGACUGCACCAGGAGUGGCAACUGGGAUGAUCUUAUCUCUUCAUGAGAGAAAAAUGGUAAACAAGGAAAAGAUCAUUUCCAAGCUAGUUUUGAGUAUUUUACCGACUGAUGUUCUGAAAGUUAUUGGCUGGUUUCCUUUUUCUUUUCCCUUUUGUAGUCUCAAGAACUGUCAAGAUGAACUCUCAAGAUGCCAGAUGAAACUUGAAGAUGCUAAGUCUGAGAUUCAGAAGUGGCAUUUUGCUUUCCAGAAUGAAUCCUUCAUUCCCCAAGGCGCAACCCCCGAACCAAAAUUCGUAGUCAACUAUCUCCAGAUUCUGAGGUCUUCUGAGGAUUCCCUCCGUGAGCAAUCUGCUCUUCGAGAUUUGAGAACUCAGUUAAAGCCACCAUCAAUGCAGGCGAGGAGACAGUUGCUAGAUCCAGCUAUCCAUGAAGAGUUCACAAGAUUAAAGGAUAAGAAAGUUAAAGAGCUGCAAGAUAAUAUAGCUGCCGUCAGUUUUACCCCACAAAGUAAGAUGGGAAAGAUGUUAAUGGCAAAAUGCAGGACGCUGCAGGAAGAGAAUGAGGAAAUUGGUGAUCAAGCCAAUGAAGGAAAGAUGCAUGAGCUGGCAAUGAAACUUGCUUCACAAAAAUCUCAAAACACUGAGCUCAGGAGCCAAUUGGAAGGAAUAUGCAAGCAAAUGGAGAAACUGACCGGUGAUGUUGAUAGAUCAAAUGAGUUGGUGGUUAUCUUGCUAGAAAAACUAGAAGCAAUGGAAGAUGAAAUCCAGAGAUUGAAAAACGAGCUUCGAGGGAAUGCCAUGGGAGAGAGCAGAAUGAGUUAGAUACUGAUAUGAAUGCUAAUGAUGAUAAUGGACUGAAUCCCGUUGAAGUGCAAACUGAAAUAUAGUUGUGGGACUGUUUUUCCUUUAAAACUUCAUUUUCAUUUUUCCAUAUUUCUUCUUUCUGCUCUGUUUUAUUUUCUUCCUUUCUUGUUCUUUGGGGAAAAACUAUUUUGUUUAAUUGGCAAUUAGAGUAAAAAUGUCUCUACUACCUUUAAUUAUUACACUUGAUCAAGGCUGGCUCCAUGUCUCCUUUCCUCUAUAAUAAAAUUUGUUUGCUUUGUAGUUUA